AUGGUCUCCACGCCCGAACUCAAAAAGUAUAUGGACAAGACCGUAUAUUUGCAAUUGAAUGGAUCCCGGAAACUUAUAGGAGUGCUUCGUGGGUUCGAUAUUUUCCUGAACGUGGUUUUGGACGAUGCGGUCGAGAUCCGCAAGGACGGCACCAAGGCCCCCAUUGGCUCGCAAUCUGUGAUUCGAGGCAACUCCAUAGUUUCCAUAGAAGCACUAGAGACUCUGGCUUAG